GUAAUUUUUACUUUUAAGAUGUGUUGUUUGACAACAAGGAGAGUAGCGCGGAUUAAUCAAAAUUUAUAAUUUUUUUUAAAAAAUAAUUUUUCAUCUAAUCAUUUAAAAACCAAAGAUACUGGAAAGAUGAAUAGAUCAAAUACUGGUAAAAGUGAGAAAACUUCAUCUGAAGUAGUAAAGGUAUCUGCAGAAUGGAAGAAGCGUGUCAAGUCAGAAUACAUGAGACUUAGACAAUUAAAACGUUUUAGAAGAAAUGAUGAAGUAAAAGCUGCUUUUAUUAAUAACAGACGUCACAUAACAGAAACUGCUAUAAUUUUAGAUAAAAUUCAUCAGGAGAGUAAAGCAAUUGCUCUUUUUCCUGCAGAAGUUCCAUCUCAUUCACCUUUACUGAAAAAGGAUUGUAUCAAGCUUUCAAGAAGAAUCAACAGUUUUCAAAUUACAUUUGAAAAGCAGAAUAGUGAAAUGAAAAUGUCUGAUGGUACUUGCCAUUCUAAACCAAUUUCUAUAAUAUAUGCUGUUUCACCUAUACCAACAAUGUAUACCUGGGCUCCUAUUCAGCAGAAUUUCAUGGUUGAAGAUGAGACUGUUUUGCAUAAUAUCCCAUAUAUGGGAGAUGAAGUGUUAGAUCAAGACGGUUCAUUCAUAGAAGAAUUAUUAAAAAACUAUGAUGGAAAAGUACAUGGAGAUAGAGAAUGUGGUUUUAUUAAUGAUGAAAUCUUUGUUGAACUUGUGCAAGCUUUAAAAGUAUAUCAAGAUUUAGAAAGUAAAGAUAAUGGAGAGAAAGAAGAAGAAAAAUCGGAGAAAUUAUCAUCAGUUAAACGAAGAUCACAAAAAACCACUCAGAAUAACACGGAAAAUUUGGAUUCAGGGAGAAAGCAGAAGUUGAGAUCCUCAUUUCCUUCAGAAUGUAUUUUUGCUGCAAUAUCAGCUGUAUUUCCUGAUAAAGGUUCUCCGGCAGAACUAAAGGAAAAAUACAGGGAAUUAGUAGAAAGAUUAGAUCCAAAUGCUAUGCCUCCUGAGUGUACUCCAAAUAUUGAUGGACCUAAUGCUCAAUCUGUAAUGAGUGAGCAGAGUAUGCAUUCAUUUCACACACUAUUUUGCCGAAGAUGUUUCAAGUAUGACUGUUUUCUUCAUCUAUUAACAUCAUUAUAUAAAUCAAACUUUUUAAACCUGGGAUCGACAAUUAAUAGUUUAAAAAGUGCUACUUAUUUUUUAAGUAAUCAGAUUCUUGCUUUAGAAUCAGUGAAAGAAAAGAUAAAAUUGCAAGAAAAAUCUCAAGGAGAUCAAGACAUGAAUGAAAGAUUAAAACUUUGUAAGCAGUCAUCUGUCGAUAGUGGAAAUGAAGCAAGCAGCGAAGAUAGUAAUGACAGCAUAAGAUCUACUGUUAAAAAAUCAACUUCUGAGAAGCUUGAGAAUCAUGGUUUGUUUAAUUGAAAUUUAUAAUUCAUU